GUGGCGCUGUUUCCAGCUCACCACUGUAGAGGUCACAGUCAGACCUUCCCUCCGCAUCUCUCUGGCUGGCAGCACCACAUGGUCAACCGGAUGAAGAAGCCAGCGUGGUUCGUAGAUGCAUCGUAGUUGACUGACGGCGUGUUUUCAUUCUGCACUAUAUGUCUCGUAUCAUUAAUUAAAUCCAAAAUGACUGAAAGUAAAGCAGAAACGGCUCCCAAGCCGGCCAAACAGCUGCUGGCUCUGAACCCAAAACAAGAGUCCGAGUUCAAGAAGAAGAUGCAGGAGGCGAAGAAGAACACAGCCAGCAAGGGGGGGCGUUUGGCCCCUGGAGUGGUUUAUGUCAGUCACCUUCCACAUGGGCUGUUUGAACCUCAGCUCAAAUCUUACUUCGAACAGUUUGGGAAAGUCCUGAGGCUGCGGCUGUCCAGGAGUAAAAAGACAGGUGGCAGCAAAGGCUAUGCAUUUGUAGAGUUUGAAUGUGAUGAAGUAGCCAGAAUUGUUGCAGAGACCAUGAACAAUUACCUCAUGGGUGAGAGACUCAUCAAAUGUAAUGUGAUUCCACCAGAGAGUGUGCAUCAGAAGCUGUUUGUCGGCUCCCAAAGAGGAUUUAAGAAACCCACCUUUCCUGCUGUUGCACGCUACAACAGGACGCACACAGAAGAGCAGGUCACCAAGAUGAAGGGCAAACUCCUGCGGAAAGAAGCGAAGCUCCGCAAGAGACUCGCAGCGCACGGCAUUGACUACGACUUCCCUGGAUUUGCUGCCCAGGUGCCUCAGAAGAAAAAGUCCUCCGAUUCCCUGGAUGAGUCUACAUGUAGUAAUGACACACUAAUUGGUACCCCCUCAGUCCUGGAGAGGAGGAAAUCCACGGCCGCUGACAGUGAUGGAGAUGAUGAAAUUAUCAUUAAGAUGCCACCUGUAGAGAAAGAUGAAGAGUGCUCCUCAGAGGAGGAGGAGGGAGACGGUGACAAUGAUGACUCGGAGAGUGAAGAACCCGCUGAAGAGGACGCGGAGUGAAAGUCCUCACUGUUUUUUUGUGGACUUGGUUCUGUGGCUGUCACGAGUACAUGAGCAUACAUCAGAAAUCACAGUGCGUCUUUCAGCAUGUGGAAAUCACAUUACAUUUGAGAAAGAUGCUUGUAUGAAAGUUUCCACCAUAAUUGUGGGUAUUACAUUAGUUAGUACCAAGGAUGGUGCUCAUCUGUGAGCCGGAUUUAUGGGCAACAGUUGUGACUGGACUUCUUUGACAAUGGCAAAUGUGCAGUUCAGUCUUGAAGCAGGCUGUUUUCUUUUGUCAUACAGGGCCAUAAUGUUGAUGCAAAACAGACCGUAACAUUUUUUUGUUUGUUGCUUUAUGCACACUUGUCUGAAAGUGUGGUUAAAUUUGUACAAUGUAAACUAUAAUUUUUAACAAUAAAUGAUGUGAGAAUAUACUCUU